AUGUUGCUAGUCUUUGGUGGCGUCGUCGUCGUCGUCGUCGUAUUAAGUAAUAUGGCGGCGGCGUCGUCGUUGGUGGAAGAAGAAGAGAAGGCAAUCAGAACACACAUAACACGGCACAGGAAAGACAAGAUGGCUUUGGAUUUGUUUCAUUUAUUUUUCCUUUUCCAGCUUUGCUACAGCCAUGUAGCGGCGGCAGCGGCAGCAGUAGUAGAGAGCCACAGUCAAGCUUUCAUACAAACAGAUAAACAUCUCACAUAUAUAGUGGGGGACCUUGUGGAAAUAAAACCAGGGGAAAGUUAUUCAGAAUUAAAUAUUCAUGAAGAAAAUAUUUUACCAAAUGGUGUUAGACUGGAUCCACCAAUGUUGGAAUUUGGAGAACAUCCAGUGGGUAUGCCCUAUCUACAGCAAGUGUCUGUACACAAUGCUGACACAAAAACCAGUCUCCACUUAUUGUCCAUAUCGGGCAGCACAGCACAUUUUCACUGCUCAUUUUUUCAAGAUAAAAUGGUUCCUCCUGGAGGAAACACAACAUUUGAUGUUGUGUUUUUGGCCCGCCAGUUGGGUCCUGUUGACAAUACUUUAUAUAUACACACAACACAAGGGUCAUUUAAAUACCAGGUAUUUGGUGUUGGGAUUCCAAAUCCCUACAGACUUCGGCCCUAUUUAGGUGCCAAAGUACCCUUGAACAGUAGUUUCUCUUCAUUAAUAGAAAUGCACAAUCCACACAGUUCCACCUUGCAAGUGGUUGGAAUGUUUUCCAGUGCUGGAGAUUUACAUUUAGAACUCCCAACUGGAGAUCGAGAAGCAACUACAACUUUAUGGGAAAUCCCUCCAUAUGAAACAAAACCUGUAAUGCGGGCAAACUUUAUAGGAAGGGUGGAAACCAAUCACACAGCAUUUAUAAGAAUAAAAACCAACCAUGAACAAGCACAGGGAGUCUUAAUACUUCCUGUAGAAGUGGAGGUUACUUCAGCUCCUGGUAUAUAUUCUCCAGUAGAGAUGAUAGAUUUUGGCAUCUUGCGAACGCUUGAUGAACCCCAAACAGUGCAACUAAAUCUGCUCAACACAGGUUCCCGGCCAGUUCAUAUCACAGGAGUGUCACUGUCACCAAACAAUGAUGCUGUGUCUGUGGAAUUCCGACCAAUAAAAUUACAGCCUGACAUAUUGCGGCCAGUCACAGUGGCACACAUUACAUUCAGAGCCACAAAAGCCUUAAAUCCCCGGCAGUGGUCAGGAAGAAUUGUGGUCAAAUAUAAACACAGUCAGAACAAACUGACCAUUCCUUAUCAAGUAAAUGUGCUUCAUGGGUCAUUAGUUUAUAACACCAACAACACCCAUUUCUACAGCGGAUCAUUUGUGAAAAACCUCAUCAGGAUGCUGGCAUUCACAAACACUUUUAAUUUCUCUAUAGUAAUAUACAAUGUCACUCUACCUCCUGCAGUACAUCAAUAUUUCUCUGUGAGUAUCUCUCUUUCACUAAAUCAUCUUAAAUUAUCUUCUGAUUAUUUCAUUGUUUUCUUGUUCUUUUUAAUUUCUUUCACAUUACCUUUUUGGGACAAAUUUAUUUAUUUUCUUUUUCUUUUCUUUUUCUUUUUUCCUCUCUCUCGCUCUCUCUCUCUCUCUCCCUUCCUUCUCUCUCUCUCUCUCCUUCCUUCUCUCUCUCUCUCUCUCUCCCUUCCUUCUCUCUCUCUCUCUCUCUCUCCCCUUCCUUCUCUCUCUCUCUCUCUCCCUUCUUCUCUCUCUCUCUCCUUCCUUCUCUCUCUCUCUCUCUCUCUCUUCCUUCUCUCUCUCUCUCUUCCUUCUCUCUCUCUCUCUCUCUUCCUUCUCUCUCUCUCUCUCUUCUUCUCUCUCUCUCUCUCUCUCCUUCCCUCUCUCUCUCUCCUUCCCUCUCUCUCUCUCCCUUCCCUCUCUCUCUCUCCUUCUCUCUUCCUCUCUCCCUUCCCUCUUUCCCCUCUCCCUUCCCUCUCUUCCCUCUCCCUUCUCUCUCUUCCCCUCUCUCUCUCUCUUCCUCUCUCUCUCUCUCUCCCUUCUCUCUCUCUCUUCCUCUCUCUCUCUCUUCCUCUCUCUCUCUCUCUUCCCUCUCUCUCUCUCUUCCUCUCUCUCUCUCUUCCCUCUCUCUCUCUCUCCCUCUCUCUCUUCCCCCCUCUCUCUUCCUUCCCCCCCCUCUCUCUCUCUCUAUUAUUCUCAAGCUUCAAUGUUCCUAUCAUUGUAUACAGUGGGCUUCUCAAGGUCAUUCACCAUAGGCCUGAAAAGUUCAAAGGCCAACUAGACUUUGGCACGAUGGGUGUCAGAGAGCAGCGUAGUAUCACAUUCACCAUACAGAAUAACAACCCAGUAAAUAUUGUAAUAGGUGAAUUCAGCUGCAGUAUGAACCAUAGUAUAUUGCAGUUGCUUGGCAUAGAAAAAGGCAAUGGGACAACAUUGACAAAAGUACACAAUAUGUCAGACAUUGACACAGAUCCGUUGAUAUUAAAACCUUAUCACUUUGCUGUGUUCAGUGUUAAUGUCACUGCUGCCCCAUAUGAAGGUGUGUUCUCAGGAGAAGUUCUUAUAGUUACACAAUUUCAAGACCUUUAUAUCCCAGUGUCAUUGAGGACUGCAGAAGGAAGUUUAAAUGCCAUUCCGGAAAAACUUAUUUUUGAUAAAGUGUAUCCAGGUAAAAUUCCAUACAAGAUUUUACAGAUCCACAGCACAUUUCAAGAUUACAUGAAAGUUACACAAGUGAUGUUUCGACCUGCAGACAUCCGAUUCUAUUACUGGCCACCCUCAGAUGGACAAGUGUUAUUGGAACCACAAAAAUUUAACAGAAUUGGUAGAAUAUAUUUUGAUGCAAAAAGAGGAUGUCAAGAAGAUUGUUAUGUAGGAUUACCAACAUACACACAAGCUGGUCACCAAUGGUUACUAGGUUUGGGCUUAGACAGAGAAGUUGCUGACACAGACCAAUAUUUAUAUACACAUCUUCAACAAAAAUGGGAGCGAGUAGCCAGGGGGGAUCAAAGCACAGCUAAUGUAACAAUUGAACUGGAUACAAAUCAAGUGCGUGGUUUCUUGUUCUCAGCACAGGCACAUCUCCAUUGGCCAGCUCUGAUUAGAAAGUGCAAGAUCAAAUUUCCUCUCACACAAAUUGGAAAUAUGUCUAUGUCAGACUUCAUAGUGGAGAACCCUGGAGAUGUGCCGGUGCUAAUCCAAAUACUUGCCCUGCCAGUUUAUCCCAAUCCACAGACCAUUGUGGAUCUUAUGAGCCAUAGGCUUGCAUCAGACUUAUCAGAUUAUAUAGAAACAGAUGACAAAGAAAUCUUUAUUUUACCAGAUUUGGAACAGUCCUAUUCAACACCUAAUUCUGAUAUUCACAGAUACCAGAGACACAUUGAGAGCACACUUACGAAUUAA